AUGACAAAAAGAACGGGGAAAAAAAACAACGGAUCUGAAGCUGCGCACACAAAACCGUGUUUGGACAAGAAUAAGAGGCGGGAAACAGGGAGGCGAUAUCCAUUGCAAACGACGUCCAGACGGCCGACGCCCAAUUAUUCCGCCGACGGCUCUCCGCGCGUUAAGCUGCGCUUCUUGAAUACGCAAUUGACCGCUUUUGGGGGUCGUCGAAAAUUAGACAAGCUGGCAGACGGCUGCUGUGCCAAGUCAUGUUGAAAAUCAGAGGAGGUAGAUUAUAUUGACCUCCAGCUUGCAGUAUCUCACAAACAAGCUAACCAACGACCGGGUUUACGAGAAGUUAUAACUUUCAAGCAUUAAAAGCUCGAAAUAACCUCAAAAGUGACGUCAUUGUCUCGGAACUUCAGAGAAAUUUCUAACAAUUUCUCAAAGAAUUCCUUCUUGGGCCGAAGAAAGAGCCUGAAAGACGCCAUAGGCAUAUCGAGAAAGGGCAUCGCGAUACCCUCUGAGGUAUAGGCUCUGAAGUCUAUCGAUGGUACCUCGAAUGUACCUCUGAGGACCGGAGGGAGACUCUCAAGUACCUCUGAGAUGGCUUAGAUAUUGCUAAAAAGUAUGCUGGAGGUCUCACGACGGACAUAAAAUGGGGUCUUCACGAUCUAUUUUGAGAGGUAUCUUUCUGGACACAUUGUACCCUGCCGAUGGCGCGAAUUUCAUGUUUUCAAAAAAGACUAUUCAAAGGUCGUAAAGGUGGCUCCGAAGAUUAUGCUCUCGAGAAACGAACGUUAGGGAUGACUCUCCACGUUCAAACAACAAAGAAGAGUAAUUUGGAGCUCGGAAACGCGACACCGAACUUGACUCAAUGCGACGUGGCCAGAUGGUCGAAUUCCCGCAAAAACCUUUGCCGCGGAAUACUCCAUUAG